AUGUCAUGGCAGCUUAAGGAAUGAUUUGAAAAAAAACAAGCAGGAUUACCGGUAAUGACGGGUGAAUCCUGGACGGGGUGAAACUUGCUGUGUCCAUGGGGAGGAAUAAGUGGUGCUGGAACAUUACUGCCGUGCGGGGGACCUCUCCACUGGACCCCCCGCCUCUUCGGGGCAGCGCGAACGGCUUCGGAGGGGACUUCAGGCCCACAGUCGAGUCUUUCCUGCUCCCAAGCCACGAGCUCCAACCACAAACCCAAGUCGAAGGGUUCCUCCCGUGGUUUCGACGCGGAAAAACAUUUUGAUGCUCGGAUCCUACUGUGACGCUUGUGUGGCAUUGUAAUGCCGGAUUGGUUCUUCCGGGGAUGCGUCGAAGCGAUGAACACAACAAGGAGUCUACGGUAACGUCAGAGCCAUGGGGCGAAAGGAGAUCGUCUGCACUUGGAAGAAACCCAUAAAUAACAUCAAGGAUGUGUUUGACUUCAUGGGCAAGAUGGGAUCGGGGUCUUUUUCUGAGGUGUUUAUGGUGAGAGAGAAGAAAACUGGGACAUUGUUUGCUCUGAAAUGCCUGAAGAAAAAGCACCUCGUUCACAGCAACCUGGAAAAUGAAAUCCAUGUGCUGAAGAGGAUUAAACACGACAAUGUGGUAGGACUGGAGGAUUUUUACGAAAGUCGGACACACUUUUACCUGGUGAUGCAACUCGUGUCAGGCGGGGAGCUUUUUGAUCGCAUUCUAGAUAAAGGUGUUUUCACUGAGAAAGACGCCAGCACAGUGAUCAAACAGGUACUGGAGGCCGUCAGCUACCUGCACGACAACAGUAUUGUGCACCGCGACCUGAAGCCGGAGAACCUGCUGUACCACAGCACAGACGAGAACGCCAAGAUCAUGGUCAGCGAUUUUGGCUUGUCUAAAACCUUAGAGCAUGGUGUGAUGUCCACAGCCUGUGGGACACCCGGAUAUGUUGCUCCAGAGGUUCUUGCCCAAAAACCCUACAACAAAACAGUGGAUUGUUGGUCCAUUGGAGUUAUUACUUAUAUUCUAUUGUGUGGCUACCCUCCAUUCUUUGAGGAAAACGAGACUCGUCUGUAUUCAAAGAUCAUGAGAGCCGACUAUGCCUUUCACUCUCCUUUUUGGGACGAGAUCUCAGAGUCAGCAAUAGAUUUCAUCAGGAAUAUGAUGGAGAAAAAUCCCACAAAGCGCUUCAGCACUGAACAGGCCCUGCGACACCCUUGGAUUGCUGAAAAAACAGCUAAAGACAAAGACAUUUAUCAUUCCGUCUGUGAGCAAAUGGAACGAAACUUUGCCAAAUCGAAAUGGAAGCAAGCCUUCAAUGCAAGCGCGGCCAUCCAGCACAUGAAAAAGCUGCAGGUGUCCCACACGUCUUCUGCAUCGCUCUCACUGCCCCACAUCAUUUUACAGACCUCCUCUCAGGCUGACCUGGGAAACCAUGAAACGGAUCAACUCCUCGACCCCAAUGGCAAUCCCUGCCACGUCACUUACAGCACUGAGCCCAGCAAAAGUCUUUGCCCACCGCUCAGAAGCCAUCAUAGUGAACGUGACUACGUGCUUGAAGAACCGAAAGAAGUCCCCUCGCAGGACUCUUUCAUGUCCUCCAAAAGUAUGGAUGCAGUGGCUCGGAGGAAGGACGGGACCCUUCAAUCUGGUGUGUGCUCCGUCAUGUGAUUAUUCAGCUAACCCGAAGAUAAUGUCACAAAAGUAAAGACUCUACCCUCCUUUGUCUGUCUUCAAAACAAAACAUUUUAAAGAAUUGCCGCUCCAAUAUUCAUAUUGUAUUCAGUUGACAUGACAGCGUGUCUCAUUUUCUCAAGAACAACAGUUAUAUCGGAAUGGCUGAAAUCCCUCUACACACCAGCGAACUUACCCUGAAGUGGUGUUCAAAGUGUAUUACACUUAGGUACUCAAAAUACCAAGUGAAGCACACAAGUGUAACACACACAUUUAUACGAAAGACUAUUGAGAUACAGCUUGUAUGCAGAUGCUAUGAUUCAGACACUAAGUAAAGCUGCAUUUUUGAUGUACACUGUAAAUUAGUUCAUCAAUUAAUCUUGAAAAAUUAAAGCUACUAAAAUAUUCUUUGAAGUGAUUACACUCAUUUAAGAUUGACGAGAGCGCUAUUACCUGGUAAAAAUAAGUAGUGUUUGCUGUUUUGCAAUUCUGUGUAUUGAUGUGACUUGCUCUUGAUGAGUAAGUGAAUUGAAUGAAAAGUGCCACAAACUGAAUAAAAAUGCAGUCAACUAAA